CUUGAACUGAGACGCACACUCGCAUUCUUCUGGAAUUUCACCUCUGGAAGAUAUUUCGCGCUAAUCGGAUAAAGUGGAGCUUUAUUAUUUUCCUAUUCAUAAAGAAUCCUAUCAAUAAAGACAGGAUUUGGCUGGGGAGGUGAAGGGACCAUGCUCUCCAUUAGCUGUGCGGAUCCCUGGCCGGAAGGCUCGGUGGGGCUUGAGGAGGAAGUUGUCACUGCCGCUGUCCAGGCUGAGCAGUUAGACAGGAACUCAAUUGAGUACAACAGCAGCAGCUGCGGCUCUGACAAUUUAGACGACAGCCUGACCAGCCUCCAAUGGCUGCAAGAAUUCUCAAUUCUUAACGCCAGUGGGGGGCAACACACAUCUUCAUACAGCCAUCACCAGAGUCACUUCUUCGGGAAACAAGUAGGUUCGGAUGCACCUGCAUCUCCUUUAGCUGGAGAUCCAGCAUCCAUAGGUAUGCCACUGACCCCUGGCAAACCAACGGCAGCGGCGUUCUACAGGGUGCCUUCCUUGUCAGCUCUACCCAGCUUGGUUGCACACGGGCACUGUCCGGAUGAAGUCGAUUAUAAGACCAACCCUCAUAUCAAGCCUCCUUACUCAUAUGCAACACUCAUCUGCAUGGCCAUGCAAGCCAGUAAGAAAACCAAAAUAACUCUCUCAUGCAUCUACAAAUGGAUCACAGACAACUUCUGUUACUUCCGCUAUGCAGAUCCCACUUGGCAGAAUUCCAUCCGCCACAAUCUGUCGCUGAACAAAUGCUUCAUUAAAAUCCCAAGGCAAAAAGAUGAGCCAGGGAAGGGCGGCUUCUGGAAGAUCGACCCCCAAUAUGCAGAACGUCUCCUCAGCGGUGCCUACAAGAAACGGCGAAUGCCCCCUGUACAAAUCAAUCCGGCUUUUCAGAACCGGCUCCGGAUGAACCCCCAGACUGGACAAGUUGUAGCCACCACUGGAUUGAACGGAAGUCUUUGUGUGAGUCCUGAGUCCCAGCAGCUCCUGAAAGACUUUGAGGAAGCCACGGGAGCCGAUCAGAACUGGGACCCUCGUUUGGCUGAAGCCACAAUGCUUAGUUGCUGGGUCUCAGGGAAGGGCAACAAGAGGAAACAGCCUUACGCCCACAGGACUGGCGGGAGCAAAGCUCCACGAUGUUCAAGCUCCCCAUGGCUGAUCAUGGAUGAGCAAGAUGAUUUAAGCUCCCUGAAGGGCAACUUUGACUGGGAUGCCCUGCUAGACUCAGCCCUUAAUGGAGAACUGAGCUUGAACGAAGGUGUUCCUUUGAGCUCCCUCCAAGAAGAUGAGGACUUGAUGGUUAGGGGGACCCAUAUCAGCCCUCUAGAAGCUCCUGGUGGUGUUGUUGAGAGCCAUGUGUUAAUGGAAACCCAAAGGAGCAGUGAAGUAGACCUUGAUGAGGAAACAUUCCUGGCUACAGCAUUUCUGCAAAGUCCCUGGUCAGAGGCAGAAGAGGGCAACCGUCCAGACUUCCUUUGUAGCUCGACAGUCAAUAUUGAUCAACUGUUUGACCUGGGAGACUCUCUUGGAGGUGACAUAAGCAGUAAGAUCGAGUCCCUCCUUUGAGGAGGUCAUUAGUGACAUUUGAAUUACAUUGAGUCCUUUGGACCCAAACAAGUUAAAGAACAAAGAGGGUUAAAACUGUGUACCUCCAAAGAUUUCAUACUGGAUUCCAUGAACCCCAUGUGAAGAUGUAUUUUUAAAGGUGUAUCUAUUUCUAAUACUGGUUUUUAUGAUUAUGUUUUCAUAUUUUACAAGUUUUACCUUCAUUGACUUUGAAGCUAAUCUAAUUAGGAUCCUCAGAGAUUCCUUAACAUCUUGGAACACUGGAUUCUGAAACCAGCAUUAGUUGGGAAAAAGCAAGUUUUUUGUUGUUUACAAUCCAAAUUUACAUGGAGCAUAUGUGAAAGAGAUUAUCGAUUGAUUUCAUUGGAGAAACGAACAGAACUAUGGCCACAUCCACAACAAUACAUAUUCAGUUUCCUAACAUAAUCGUUUUCGUAGGUAUGCGGUAAUAAAGAGCAUUUUUGGAUGUUACGUUUCCUAGUAUCAUUGUUUUACAAAGUAAACGGUAAUGUAGAGGGUUUUCAGAAUGCUUCAUUAUUAGUGGAAAACGCCAUUAUAGUGUGGAUGAGAUGUGUAAAUGUAGGGAAAUUAAUGGGUUUUCCAAUGAAAACAUUAGUGUGGAUGUGGCCUAAGUUCGAAAACAAAAAAUGGAAAGGUGCGGUGACACAUACCUUUGCACAGCAAGAUUCUGUGGGCAAAAUAAACUGCACAAUCUGCACGAUCAUGGAUUUCGUGCAAUGGACUUCGGGUAGCGAAGAAUUUCCCCUUUGCAGAUUUUGCGUGGAGUUCAAGUUUGUUGAACUUUGCGGCAAACUUUUGCUGCAUUGACUAAUAGGAAGUUGCUUGCUUUGGCAAUUACCUCUGAGUGGACGGUGCUUCGUAAACAGCUACACUGAAAAUUCCCAGUUGACAAGAAUAUUAUUUUUAGCUGCUAAAUUCUUUUGAACUUCAUUCUGCCAGAGUAUGAAGUACAGUAUUAAAAAGAGGCUGCUUGGCAGUUAUUUUUUUGCAGAUGUCACACGCGCAAAACAUCCACCAACGCCAUCUUCAAAAGCAGAAUUUUGCCAUGCAAAGUGUAUGUGUGACCGCACAUUCAUGUUUUUUUUGUUGUUGUUGUUGUUUUUUUUGCAUAUAACAGCUUUGAAAUUUUAACAAAUUCUGCAAGCAGAGCAAAAUCAUUCAUAAAAAAAAUCAUAACUGUACUUUCGAUGAAAUCAAUGUUUAGAGUUUGCUUGUUUUUGUCUCUUGUUCAAAUUAAUUGUUUAGUCUUAUAUAGAACAAAUGAGAUGUUUAUUUAGUGUUGAAUGGCUGAUAUAGUCGAAUUGUUUUGACAGUUAAACUGCAUUAACUGCAUAAUACUGCAUGAAACUGCAUUAAACUAAUGAAUGGGAUUUAGGGGUUUGAGUAAUUAAACAGAAUAUAAUUGAAUUAUUUGGGAGGUAAAAAGUGUACGUGCCAAACUUUGUCUUUUCCAGCUGAAUUCAGGCUCCUCUGAUAGUUAUUUAAAGGCAUCUACCUUGAAACCACUUUUCAACAUAUUGUGUUAUAAGUGUUACAGAUCAAAUACAUUAUAUUUUAACAUUAUAUUAACAAGUUUAUCUUGUUAUUUAGAACAUUAGUACUAGGUCAAUUUAAAUGGGAUGUAUAAUGAGUUAAUUGCUGGGGGUGAAAUGUCUUUAAAGUAAAUGUAAAGGCACUAAUACACAGACAACCAUUCAUUUAACGAGUAGGAAUGCACCCCAUGUUUAGUAAAGUUGUCUUUCUUACAUAUUUUUGAACCUCAUGCUAUUUGGUUUUACUAUUUAAUAUCCAACCUUCAUGCUGUAUGUGCCAAGGAAAAUAAUUGGCAAAUCAAAACAUUAUUAUUUAAAACAUACCUGUUCAUGUUACCUAUGCAUAUUUGUGUUGAAUUUGUCAUAUACUCAGAAUUCUCCAAAUUAGGUAAUGCACCUAAUUAUAUUUAUGUAAAUCAAUUGAUGUGCAAUAACCAGGGGUGUAAAGUAAUGAAUUACAAAUACUCUUACACUAGCACUCGAGUACAUUUAAGUGCUGUAAUUGUACUUUAACUGUGCUAUUUUCCCUCCAUCUUU